AUGUCUGAGAAACCUCAAGUUGACAUGAUCGAGCCUAAGGGUGUCGAAGGGCACUACUUAGAGAAUGGCCUCGAUGCUACUGAACAUGUUGACCUAAAUGCUAAUCUUGAAGCGAAGAUCAAGAAUCCUCUCAAGGGUAUUCCCCGUGAGAAGCUAAUGCGUGAUGUCGAAGCCUUCGCGCACGAGAAGGGUCUUGUCGAACAUAUUCCGAUUCUACGAAGGGGCGCGCUCGUCGCCCAGAACCCCCACGACUUCGACGACCUGAGUGGAGAGGAAGCUCUCGACGAAGCCGAGAAAAAAGCUCUCCACGACGAAGUUCUACACCGGUGGCGCAUGCCUGCCCGACUUUUCUUAACUAUCGCAACUUGCUCUAUUGGUGCCGCCGUUCAGGGCUGGGAUCAGACUGGAAGUAACGGUGCUAAUAUCUUCUUCCCGGCUUACUACGGCAUCGGUGGUAGCACUACUAGAGAAAGACUACUAGUCGGCCUGGUAAACGCGGGUCCUUAUAUCGGAAGUGCUUUUAUCGGAUGCUGGCUCUCGGAUCCCAUCAAUAAUUGGAUCGGUCGUCGUGGUGUUAUCUUUACCUCUUGCUCAUUUCUGCCUUUGGCCUGUCAUUGGUUCUGCAUUCUGCCACACGUGGGAACAGCAAUUGGCUUGCCGUCUACUAAUGGGUAUUGGAAUGGGUGUAAAAGCUUCAACUGCUUCGGUUCGAGGUGCUCUGGUUAUGUCAUGGCAGAUGUGGACUGCUUUUGGUAUCUUCCUUGGAACAGCCAUCAACCUUGCCUUGCCGUCUUCUACCAUCCUCUCAACUGGCGACUAAUGCUGGGCGCUCCUUUCAUCCCAGCUGUCCCUCUGCUAUGUCUGAUAUACCUCUGCCCCGAGUCCCCUCGUUGGUUGAUGAAGAAGAAUCGCUACGCUGAAGCUUGGACCUCGAUGAAUAUGCUACGGAACAACCCAAUCCAGGUUGCCAGAGAUAUUUACUACAUCCAUGCUCAGUUGUCCAUCGAAAACCAGCUUACAAGCAAGACUAACUACGUAACCCGCUUCACACAGCUCUUCACCAUCCCCCGCGUACGCCGUGCCACCAUUGCCGCUUUCACUGCCAUGCUGUGCUCGUUUGGUUUCGGUCUCGUCAACUGGCUCUUCGCUUUCCCUGCUUUUUGGACAAUCGACACUUUUGGACGACGAUCUCUGCUCCUCUUCACUUUCCCUCAGAUGAUGUGGACUCUGCUUGCGGCUGGUCUGUGCACUCUAAUGGAACAGGGAACGGCGAGAACUGCGCUCGUCGCUCUCUUCGUGUUCAUGUUCGGCGCUUUCUACUCCCCUGGAGAAGGCCCUGUUCCUUUCACCUACAGUGCCGAGGUCUUCCCCCUCUCCCACCGUGAGGUUGGUAUGGGUUUUGCUGUCGCCACCUGUUUGUUCUGGGCUGCUGUCCUCAGUAUGACAUUCCCCUUCAUCCUUGACAGACUACACACCGUCGGCGCAUUUGGCCUAUAUGCCGGCUUCAACCUCGUAGCGCUUAUCAUGAUCUUCUUCCUCGUGCCCGAGACAAAGCAGCGUACUCUUGAAGAACUUGACUACGUGUUUGCUGUUCCCAACCGAAAGUUUGCCAAGUACCAGGUCACCAAGGCGCUGCCUUAUGGAAUCAAGCGCUGGGUCUUGUUCCAGCGCAACGCCGUGCUCGAGCCCCUUUACCACAAGGACGACGAGGACCAGACAACUCCCGUCCGUGAGGACAAGAGGGCGUCCUCAUAA